AUGAGUAAGACGGGACGUAUCGCUGUUCUACUGAACAUCCACGAGGAAAACGAUAGCGACGCUUCAAGAAACCCUGUAUCACGAGGCUUAUUUGCCAAAGAUUUUCUGUCAAGUGGUACUGACGUUUCAACAAAGCAUUGGAUUGAAAAAACGACUGAAACAUAUGGGGAGGAAGGACUUAAAAGGGCGGGCGGGUUCACACUUUUCUGUGGCCGAGUGGAAACUGAUCCGGAAUGCAAGCGCAUUUUGCACGAGCCAUUUGGCCUGUUUUCAAAUAGGGGCGACAAGGCAUCGUGGGUGCUGAGUUCGGCUCCUGAAGUUGCUAGAGAGCAUCUCGAACAUGCACUCGACCGAGAACAUGGGAUCUGUGUGGUAAGCAAUGGCACAGACCAGACUUGGGAAAAGUUGGAAAUUGGUCGUAGGCUAUUGAAGCAACUGAUAGAUAACCAGGACAAUUAUGAUGAUAAUGACCUAAUUGAACAGCUAUUUGCGAUCUUAUCCCAUGAUACAUACCCCCUAGAAGAACCAACGGUAUACAAUCUUCGCAAAAGUAUAUUUAUCCCGACUGCUAAAGAGCUCUAUAACGGUAUUUAUGGAACACGAACUCAAACUGUAGUAUUGAUCGACACACAUGGCAAUGUCAAGUAUAUAGAGAAGAACCUAGGCAAGGAUGGCUUCAUGAGUACAUUUGAUUUCAAACUUAAAGAGAAAUAA